AUGCCCGUCUCCUCACCGUAUCCUUCGAUAAAAAUUCCCAAUGUCGACCUCUGGACCUUUCUCUUUGAGAGGAAGGACAGGCCUUUUCCGGAUGACAAACUCAUCUACAUAGACGCCGACACAAAGCGACAAUAUACCUACAAAGAUGUUAAAGAGACGGCGCUCGCAUUUGGCAAAGGCCUGAAGGCCGUCCUGGACUGGAAGAAGGGGGAUGUCCUUGCCCUCUUCACUCCCAACUGCAUUGAUACACCGGCUGUGAUGUGGGGAACUCAUUGGGCUGGGGGUGUGGUAUCUCCAGCAAAUCCUGCAUACACCGUGGAGGAGCUGGCGUUUCAGUUGAAGAACUCUGGCGCGAAGGCUCUCAUCACUCAGAUGGCGCUGCUACCGGUCGCCACGGCAGCUGCAAAGCAGGCAGGCAUCACGGAAGACCGAAUCAUCCUCAUCGGCGAUGAGCGGGACCCGCAAGCCAAAUUUAAGCAUUUCAGUUCGAUCAGGAACAUUUCGGGGGCGACCAGAUACCGCAAGACUAAAAUCAAUCCUGCAACGGAUCUGGCAUUCCUGGUCUAUUCGUCGGGGACUACUGGUGUGCCUAAGGGAGUCAUGCUGAGUCACCGAAACAUCGUCGCUAAUUCCCUCCAACUUGCGGCAGGAGAGGAUAAGCAGCUGAGUUGGAACGGUGGCGCAGAUGGAAAGGGAGAUCGAAUUUUGGCCUUCCUUCCCUUUUACCACAUCUACGGGUUGACCUGCCUGGUCCACCAGACCAUCUACCAAGGUUACGAACUGUAUGUCAUGCCAAAGUUCGACAUCGAGAAGUGGUGUGCCCAUGUGCAGAAUUACCGUAUCACGUUCAGCUACGUGGUGCCCCCGGUCGUACUGUUGCUCGGCAAGCACCCCAUUGUCGACAAGUACGAUCUGUCCAGUCUCCGUAUGAUGAACUCUGGUGCCGCACCACUCACGCAGGAACUUGUCGAGACGGUUUAUGCACGGAUCAAGACUGGUAUCAAGCAGGGAUACGGUCUCAGCGAGACGAGUCCAACUACCCAUACCCAGCCAUGGGGAGAGUGGCGCACAAGCAUUGGUUCCGUGGGCAAGUUGCUCCCCAACAUGGAAGCAAAGUAUAUGACCAUGCCUGAAGACGGGUCGGAACCUCGCGAAGUGCCUGUGGGCGAGGUGGGCGAGCUGUACUUGCGCGGACCCAACGUUUUCCUGGGCUACCACAACAACCCGGAGGCGACGGCCAAGUGCCUUUCCAAGGACGGAUGGUUCCAGACAGGAGACGUGGGCUACCAAGACAAGGAUAACAACUUCUAUAUCACCGAUCGUGUCAAGGAGCUCAUCAAGUACAAGGGCUUCCAGGUUGCUCCGGCGGAGCUGGAAGGAAUUCUGGUGGACAACGAGGCGGUCGAUGAUGUCGCUGUCCUUGGUGUGGAGAGCGAAGCACACGGAACGGAAGUGCCACUUGCUUACAUUGUGCGAAGCGCAAAGAGCAAGAACUCGAACAUCACUGCCGAGGAGGAGGCCACGAGGAUCGUCCAGUGGCUGGAUGCCAAGGUUGCAUACCACAAGCGGUUGCGUGGGGGUGUGAGAUUCGUGGACGAGAUCCCCAAGAGUCCGAGUGGGAAAAUUCUGCGACGGCUUCUCAAGAAACAGGCCAAGGAGGAUGCCAGCAAGGCUUUAGGGGCCUCUGCUCCCAAAGCUAAGCUGUAA